AUGAGCGUGGUGCGCUUGGAUGAGGAGGAUCUGGACGAAGAAGACCUGGCGAUUCUCCGUGAAGUGGCCUCCAAAGGUGGUGGGGCAUCGAAAGUGGCGGGCUACUACCACAAUCGCCCCAAGAGCGCUGUGGGCAGCGCCGUGCUGGGCCCCACCAAGCUGGACGUGACGGCGACCAACGGGACCAGUGGGAACGUCGGUGUCAAGGGCCGGGCUGCAUUUGAUGAUUUUCAGGCCAAGUGGGACCGUUUCGACAAUGACACCUUCGUCGAACUCCUUGCCGAAAAAAGCCCCCAUGUCCCGCAGCUGCCGAAGCAGGUGCCGGCAGGAUGUCCCGAGUUCAAGGUGCUCCUCGUGGGCCCUCGCGGUGUAGGGAAGACCUCGCUGCUGCAGCGGCAUCUGACAGGUGAAUUCUUGACGCAAACGAAGCGCUGGGAUGACGUCGUGUCGCUGCAGUUCAGCUCUAACUGCGGAGAUAUACGUUUCAAUGUUUGGGAGUUGACUCCUGAUUCCCCGGAUUCCUCUUUCCGCCAAGCCUCUGGUGCCAUCCUCCUCUGCGAUGGCUCGCGCGCCUCGCAACGCGCACUUCCCAGUUGCAUCCGGAAUGUGAAGAGUCACUGUGGCAUCAUCCCCUGCGUGCUGGGUUUCAACAAAUGUGACGUGCCCUUAUUGCCCCAAGCGAAGAAAGCACGAGAGGCGUGCCAGAGGAAAGAGAAGCUUCAGAGCUAUCAACUCAGCGUCAAGACCUGGCAAAACUUCGAGAAGCCUUUCUGGUGGUUGGCACGUCGCCUCAGCGGCUGCCCCUCCUGGCACUUCGCCCCCAGCCCUGCGCCGUGGCCGCCCUGGCCCCCGCAGCUGCCAGAGCAGCACCAGGACGAUGCGCUGCAGCAGGGCUUGGCUGCGCAAGUGCCCAUUGAGGACGAAAAAGGCGUGCCAAGCGCUCAGAAGGACAGCAGUGGCCAAACGCCCAUGUCCAUCCUGGCCAAACACCUCCUCUCCCGCGGCCCCAAACCGUCGCGCCCCGCAGCGGUCGAAGUCCCGGCGCCCGACACCGCGGGCGAGGAGGUCACCCUGGAGGUGGAGGAUGAAGUGCAGGGCAAAGUGGUGAGGUUUAGCUGUCGAAGCUCAUUGCUGCAGCUUUCCCAGCGCUUCAGCCAGGAGUUAAGGGCGCAGCCAGAUCGACAGCCUCAAACCUUGAAGGUGGCCCCCGACUGCUGCCGCAGUGCGCGGGUGCUUCAGGAAGCCUUUGCCUUGCUGUCGGGUUCAGUCAGCGACGUGUCGAUGGAUGGCCGGGAACUGUGGCAAUUGCUGAGUUUUUGCGUUCAGUAUGGUUUGCCCGAGCUGAAGGCUUGGGCCAGCAACCGCCUGCUUCAUUGCAUCCACGAUGAUGCCAACGCGGCUGUGCUGCCCAUGUUGCUCCGCGGCGCCAAAGCCUGUGGCCUGAGCAGUGCGGAGCGGCGCUAUGUCUUGUAUUGCUUGCUCACCACGCCGGAGGCAUUGCUUUCGGCCGGUCAUUCCCAGAACGGCGCUGCGAGACAAGCCAAGGUCCUACAGGUUGCCCUGGCAGAACUGGAAACCUUCACCCGGCCCAGUCGCACAGGUGACGUCCACAGCGCUCCGCGCGGCCCUUGCCGGGCCGUGGAUGUGCCGCUGGAGGGGACGAAGUUGAGGUCGGCCUAUGCCGCCGCUGAAGCCGCUGAAGCCGCGCCCGAACCCUACCCUCAGCUGGCCCGCUACUCAAACUUGGUAGCGGAGCCCAUGGAAGCUCCAGCUACCUGCCUGUGCUGCCUUCGAACCUUGCUGACGGUUCUCAUCACCCUGAUCGUUGUCUUUGCUGGAUUGGAAUUCCUAGUGACAGAUGAUUCAGCCAUGCUUGAUGCAACAUUGACGACGACCGGUGCUCUGACUACGACGAGGAAGCAGCUGGGUUUUGGAGAUGGCGACGACAGUGCAGUCAGCAGCCUGGUGACCACGGACGAGGUUACCCCGGAUACCGGUGUGCUUUCCUCGGCCACUCCAGACCAACCAACCGAGCCCAAUGCGCAAGCAGCAACAAGUUUCCAACUGAGUUUGACCUUGGACGUGACAGUUGAUGCAGACAAUCAGAUGCAUGUGUCUUUGGCAAACCGGACUGGAUUUUUUGCUGCAUACAAGUAUGACACUUGUGUGAGAGAUGGUUAUUCAGCGAGCGUUGACAAGAUGCGAUCACGUGCCCUGACAUUUGCUGGCGAUGCUUUGGAAAAUUGGGGAAAUGGAAACGGUGAAAUAGCUGUCGGACGGAAUUUGCAGGAUGAUGUUUCUGGAAACUCUGACCAUGCAGAUGACAGCGAUUUCACUGGGUACAGCCAUGGAACCAUGAUAAAUGCUGGCCCCCCAUUCAUUGGGACUGCAACUCUCAAGGUGCAGGGAACCGCGAAGGAACUGAUUCGCGAGCUGACACCGCAACAACUUCAACAUGGUGACACAGACCCUGCAACAGGACAACAAUUGACAGGCCUCAUGCUUUUGGUUACGGUUUUAGCCCGACGAUACGCACCACUUGAAGCUGAGAACACCACCAAAUCCAUAGCUGAGUUUUUGGCUUUCAGACGUCAACCUGGUGAAACAAUAGAUGCAUUGCUGGUGAGGUUCGACAUCCUCCGAAACCGAGCCCAUGCACGUGCUGGUUUUGCAAUCAAUCUGACAGGUUUGACAUGGCUCCUUCUUCAGUCAUUAGGCCUCAAUGCUGAAGCUUGGGACAGACUUCUACCCCCACUUGGAGGUCAGAUGCCGCAGAACGAAGCUGAUUUUGGUGGUUUACUUGAGAGGAUCCGCAGACUUUUUCACUUGAAAGAAGGCAGAAUGCAACAUGGUGGAGCACAAGGUGCAAUGGGUGAUCCUGGAAAUUUUCAUACGGCUGAGGGGUAUUUUCCCACGUUCACACCUGAUGGGCCGCAUGCCAGCGCUUUUGCAGCCGGAGGUCCAAUGGCCCCUGAUCCGUGGGCGACCUCACUUGCCACAGGUUCAACUGGAUGUGCAAAUGCUGAACAGCUCAUGACAAGUGGAGUGCCGACUCAGUCAUUUCCAUGUGAUGCCGGCCAUGUUGAAAAUUGCCCCACAUGUGGUAGUUACUUUCAAGAUGAUGGUUACAGCACUGAUACCAGUUCAGAUGAUGGUGUUGGUUCGUUGCCUGGGGAAACAGAUGACCCUGUUGAAGCUUAUUUGCAAUAUGCCUUUGCUCGUAAGAAAUGGCGACGCAUUUCAAACAAAUAUCCCAGAAGAUACCGAAAAGGAUUCAAAGGUGGAAAAGGUUUCAGGCCGGCAGUGUUGUCUCAUCCGGAGGCAGCAGAAAACGAUCAACUGCCGAAGACCCUGAGCCUGUGUGCCGAAUGUGAUGCCAAAUGCGAUGUGGCCGCAUUAUGGUCGCGGCAAUCCCUCACAGCCGCCACAGGGAAGCUCAGCUCAGUCCAGUUCAAGCGCCACUGGGUGUUACCACUCCAUUGUCGCGACAUUGCCAAGAAGAAGACGGCCGACGAGAAGGCUGGUGGCAAGUCUGAUGUCAUUUUUGCCACCGCCAAGCCUUCAGAUGGCAUGCCAAAGGCCGCAGAAACUUCCAAGCCAAUAAUGAAGCCUGAGGUACCAACGCCAAAGGCUGACAACCUGGCCUGGGUAUUUUCUGACAAGGUUGGCCUGCGACAACGUUUGCUGCAAGAAAUCAACUUUAGAACAGUGCAUUUUUACCAUGAUCUUCACAGCCGAUCCCAAUGCCAAAGGCUGUUGAACGAGCUCGCAUUGCAGUGUCCUUUAGUUUUGUGGAUUCGUUUUGCAGGACCUUGUGCCGGUACAGGCAACAAGCAAGAUGCCCUCCGUGCCGAAAACCUUGUCCGUUUGCUCACCCAACAAAAGACUUCAAACAGGUUGGUAAUUGUUGAGGCCAGUGAACGCAGUUUGCCGAUGCAGAUGCCAUCCAAAGGACAACCUGAGUUGAGAGCCCAAUCUCAACCGAACUUUGCCGAAGAUCUCAACCAUGAUGCUGACGGAGCCAAGAAAGCAGUUAGGUUUGGAAGCUUGCAUGCAGUUGAAAAGUUUGUUUCUGUUGAUGGUGAAGGCUUCAAAGCCAAUCAACUUUCCAAUGCCAGCGAGUUUGACUCCAAGCGUGAUUUUUGGAUUUCACAUGGUAAGCAUGGUUUAAUAAGAGUUCAUGUUGAACCCAGGAACUCCAUGUAUGUUCCACUUGCCAAUGAAUGCCCAAUAGCACUUCAUGCCUUGGAAAGCCAUCGCCAGACCAAGCUCCAACAAUGCCUAUCCAACAGCUUUCAGCAAUCGCCACCAAUCCUGAUUGAUGAUGACUGGAGAACCUCCUCAACUGCCAACAUGAGUUUUCGCUGGGUGGGUACUACACUUUUCGCAAUCAAACCAAAUGUAAUUCAACAACAAGAGAAACAAUUUUCAGAGCAAUCACUUGAACCUCAUUCACUGCGACAUCUUGAACCACUUUCAGUACAACAGUUGACACAUGAGAAACAUGUUUCAGCACAACAACUGUAUCCAACUGAAAGCGCUUUCUCCAGAAACGAAAGAAAGCAGAAGGACACAUCGUCCAACACCGCAAGAAAUACGUAG